GGGGCAAGCUGUCUGUUUUAAGAAUACACAGCACAAAUAAUGGACUUUCCACGUCACGGACAGCGAGCAACAAAAUCCAGAGCUCGGGCAGCUCCUCCCACUGGAGACCCCCUUCUCUUUGACGAUACCAGUUCUGCUUCACCAUCCAUGGCUAACCAGGGCUACUAUAAUUCAGGCUAUAACAUGACUGGAGGUCCAGCCGGAGGCCCAGGACCAGGAAACGUGAACGACCUCUUUGCAGAUCCCAUGGCUAAUGCAGCCAUGAUGUACGGCUCUUCUCUAGCCAAUCAGGGCAAAGAUAUGGUGAACAAGGAGCUUAGCCGAUUUGUGUCGGUGAACAAGUUGAAGUAUUUCUUUGCCGUUGACACCAAAUAUGUUUUGAAGAAACUGAUGCUGCUUAUGUUCCCUUACACACAUCAGGACUGGGAAGUACGUUACCAUAGAGACACACCUCUCACACCUCGACAUGAUGUCAAUGCACCAGAUCUUUACAUACCCACAAUGGCCUUCAUUACCUACAUUUUGUUGGCUGGAAUGGCUUUGGGAAUCCAGAAAAGGUUCAGCCCAGAAGUAUUGGGAUUGUGUGCCAGCACCGCCCUAGUGUGGGUUAUCAUUGAGGUUCUUGUUAUGUUGCUAAGUCUCUACCUUCUAACAGUGCACUCUGACCUCUCAACCUUUGACCUACUGGCCUACAGUGGAUACAAAUAUGUGGGGAUGAUCUUCACUGUGCUGGCCGGGCUGCUCUUUGGAAGUGAUGGAUACUUUGUUGUUCUUGCCUGGUCAUCUUGUGCUCUCAUGUUUUUCAUUGUCCGUUCUCUCAAGAUGAAGAUCCUGUCCUCAUACUCGGCUGACCCAAUGGGUGCAGGAGCAGCCACCAAGCCCCGCCUCCGCCUGUACAUCACCGUGGCUUCCGCAGCCUUUCAGCCAAUUAUCAUUUACUGGCUCACUUCCCACUUGGUCAGAUGAUUUGGAGAGAAGUGUUCACUCUAGGUCUGUUGCCAUAGAACUGUUAACCUUGUGAUAAAAAGUUCCCGGCUCCCUUAUCUGGGCAUCUUCUGGCCAUUAUGACAGAAAAAAAAACGAGGCCUGUGAGUUUUGACCGUGAUUUGAUCGACUUGGUGCCUGAAAGCUCUCUGGCAGAACUUUGCAGAAGAUUGUACGACAUAGCCAUGUUCUGGAAGAAUGACUUUCUCUUAAAACGGUAGUCUGCAACACCAAAAAUUCCAAUACGUUUUUUUUUUUUUUUUGGGUUUGGUUUGUUUUUUUGUGUCUGUUGAAUAUUCACUCUGGCUAAGGAGGCGAAGACUUGCAUUAAAGCAGCUGAAGAGAUGAAAUUGACAAUUCUGUUGUUGUGGUGACUGAAAUCUGCUUUAAGGUGCGAUCACAAACAAAACAAUGACUAAGUAAUAAUGUUCAUUUAAACAUUAAAAAAAAAAAAAAAAGUCAACUUUUUUUU